AUGGCAUCGUCUUCGUUCACUUCGGUUCCGCUUUCUUCUUCUUCUUCCCUCAAUGUUCCUCAUUCUUCUUCCAAACCCACUUCCACUUUUCUUUCUUCUCCCAUUGCCGCAUUCUCUCAUCGCCCCAAACUUCUCUUUGCGGAAUCAAGAUCCCUCCUUUACCCAAAGAGAAAAGGUUCUAAGUUUUCCAUCACAGCUCAAACCCUAGACUUCUCUGACUCUUUCUUCGAAGGGGGUUUCGGCUCCGAAGACGACCCCAAUUCUCCCGGCGGAACCGGGUUCACGGCCGUCGAGGAAAAGGAGGAACCUCCGUGCCCACCCGGUCUCCGACAGUACGAGACAAUGAUGGUUUUGAGACCCGACAUGACUGAGGAUGAGCGACUUGCACUCACCCAGAAAUACGAGGAGAUUCUUGUUGCUGGAGGUGGCAUGUACGUAGAGGUUUUUAACAGAGGAGUUAUUCCCCUUGCAUAUGGCAUCAAGAAGAAAAACAAAGCUGGUGAGUCCAACACUUAUUUGGAUGGCAUUUACCUUCUGUUCACCUACUUCACCAAGCCUGAAUCCGUAAGCCCUCUCGGGGAGACAAUGUUAGCGGAUGAUAAUGUUAUCCGAUCAAUGAGUUUCAAAGUUAGGAAGAGGAAAUAUUAG